AUGUACUAUGCGGAACUGCUGGAGACCGGCAUUCUGAAAGCCGCCCCCAAAGGUCUGAACCAGGUCUUUACUGCCACAACCGGCUCCGAUGCGAACGAGACAGCGUACAAGGCGGCCUGCAUCUGGAAAGGAACACAAGAGCGUGGUGGGGCCGACUUCAGUGCUGCUGAGCUGGAGUCCGUCAUGGUGAACCAAGCACCUGGCGCCAAGAAGUACUCCAUUAUGUCGUUCCAGAAGGGCUUUCAUGGUCGCCUGUUUGGUAGCUUGUCGACGACGCGAAGCAAGCCUAUCCACAAGCUCGACGUACCAGCAUUCGAUUGGCCCGUUGCACCUUUCCCUCAGUUGAAGUAUCCUUUGGACCAGUUCGCUGCAGAGAACGCGGCUGAAGAGAAGAGAUGCCUCGAAGAGACAGAGCGUUUGUUGGAGGAGGCCAAGCAGACAGUUGCGGCAGUCGUCGUCGAGCCUGUUCAAUCAGAGGGCGGCGACAACCAUGCCUCGCCAGCUUUCUUCCAGGGUCUCAGAGAGCUUACGAAGCGCAAGGGCGUCUUGCUGAUUGUUGAUGAGGUGCAGACUGGUGUCGGAGCGACUGGAAAAUUCUGGGCUCAUGAGCACUGGAACUUGUCCUCGCCGCCGGAUAUGGUGACCUUCUCCAAGAAGGCCCAGGCUGCAGGCUUCUACUUUGGUGAUGCUGGUUUGAGGCCGGAUAAGCCUUACCGUCAAUUCAACACUUGGAUGGGCGACCCUGUCCGAGCGCUGUUGUUCAAGGCUAUUUACGGAGAAAUCCAGAAGAAUGGCCUAGUUGAGCACACUGCAAAGGUUGGAGAAUAUCUGUUUGGCGAGUUGGAGAAGCUGGCGAGCAAAUACCCGCAACACGUCCAGAACCUCCGCGGUAAAGACCGUGGCACCUUCAUCGCUUGGGAUGCCCCUAGGAGAGAAGAAGUGCUAGCGCUCGCCAAGGCCAAAGGUGUCAACAUGGGCGGCAGCGGUGACGCUGCCAUUCGCCUAAGGCCAAUGCUGGUGUUCCAGAAGAAUCACGCCGAUAUUUUCCUUGAAGUGUUGGAGAGCGUGUUCAAGCGGCUAUCGUAG